CUUCCUCAUCCCCGCUCUGCCGCCCAUCGCAGACUCCAAAACCCUAGCCUGAGAUCGCGAGGUCCCGAUGUCGGACGUCACCGCCGAGUCCACGCCGCGCCAGCGCCCGCCCCCGCCCUCGCCGUCGCUGUCCCAGCAGCAGUCGCGCGUCCGUCAGCAGCCCCCGCCCGGCUCCGACCCCCUCGCUCUCGGCCUCAUCAUCUUCCUCGGCCUCUGCUUCCUCCUGGUUUCAUUCUCAGCUCCAUCCAGCAUUGUACAUCAAGUUCCUGAAGGACAUGUUGGUGUAUACUGGAGAGGAGGUGCUCUUUUGAAAACAAUCACUCCUCCAGGUUAUCAUCUAAAGCUGCCUUUGAUCACCCAGUUUGAGCCAAUACAGGUUACACUCCAAACAGACCAGGUCAAAGGUAUUCCUUGUGGAACAAAAGGUGGUGUCAUGAUCAGCUUUGACAAGAUAGAGGUUGUCAAUCGUCUAAAUAAAGACUUUGUUUAUGACACCCUACUCAAUUAUGGUGUGCAUUAUGACAAGACAUGGAUUUAUGACAAAAUUCAUCAUGAGAUAAACCAGUUCUGCAGUGCCCACAGUUUGCAGCAAGUUUACAUUGACAUGUUUGAUCAGAUUGAUGAGACAAUGAAAGAUGCUAUCCAAAGGGACUGCACACGCUAUGCUCCUGGAAUUGAAAUCAUCAGUGUUCGUGUUACAAAGCCGAACAUACCUGUUAAUAUCAGGAGAAAUUUUGAACUUAUGGAGGAGGAACGUACAAAGGCUCUGAUCGCCAUCGAAAGGCAAAAGGUUGCAGAGAAGGAGGCAGAAACUCAGAAGAAGAUUGCACUAUCUGAAGCAGAAAAGAAUGCAUUAGUGAGCAAGAUCCUUAUGCAACAGAUGUUGACGGAGAAAGACAGCUCCAAAAGGCAGCAGCAGAUUGAUAAUGAAAUGUAUCUUGCCCAGCAGAGAGCCCUGGCAGAUGCAAACUAUUAUAGGAUUACAAAGGAAGCAGAGGCUAACAAACUAAAACUUACUCCUGAAUAUCUUGAGAUGAGGUUCAUUGAAUCAAUUGCCAAUAACACAAAGAUUUUCUUCGGUGAAAAGAUUCCAAACAUGAUCAUGGAUCAAAGGUUGAUUCGGAGCCACCCUGAUUCUACUCCAAGCAAGGACCGCUUAGAAGUAGAGUAGUGCCUUAUGUGGAUUUGAAGUUGGUUGGUUGGUUUUGUAAUCCCGUAUGGAGGUUUGGCUUCAU